CACUUCCCGACACCCCAAGGGCCUGUCCACAUUGUGAAGAACUGCUGUUGUGAUUGAUCAUGGAGAGGCUCCUCUUCUCUCUGCUCCUGCUCAGUUUGACUGUGAAGGCUCAGCUUUGUCCAAAGCGCUGUAUCUGCCAAAACCUCUCCCCUUCCCUCUCAAUCCUCUGUGCCAAAACCGGGCUCCUCUUUGUGCCUCCGUUUAUCGACAGGAGGACGGUGGAGCUGCGCCUAACCGACAACUUCAUCACCAUGGUGAAGAGGAAAGACUUUGCCAACAUGACGAGCCUUGUCCACCUCACGUUGUCGAGGAAUACAAUCAGCCAGAUCAUGCCUCUCACUUUCAGUGACCUCCGAGGUCUUCGAGCUCUACACCUGGACAGUAACAGGUUGACCAAGCUUGUGAAUGACCACCUGAAAGGUCUGGUGAACCUCCGCCAUCUAAUCCUGAACAACAAUCAGCUCAGCUACAUUUCCGAAGGAUCCUUCAAUGACUUCAUCACAUGCCUGGAGGAUCUGGACAUGUCCUAUAAUAACCUGGAGCAGUUUCCUUGGAUAGCGAUUGCCAAAAUGGUAAACCUGAACACCCUCACCUUGGAUCACAAUCUAAUUGACCACAUCGAAGAAGGGACAUUCUCUGUUCUUCACAAGUUGGCUCGAUUAGACAUGACGUCCAACAGACUACAAAAGCUUCCCCCUGAUCCUCUUUUCCUAAGAACUCAGCUACUGGUUAAUGCCAAAGGCACUCAGUACUUCUCAUUGGUUCUCAACUUUGGUGGAAAUCCACUGCACUGUAAUUGUGAGCUACUUUGGCUAAGACGCCUGACAAGGAAAGAUGACUUGGAGACCUGUGCAUCGCCAUCUCACUUGAUGGGAAAGUAUUUUUGGUCGAUCUCUGAGGAUGACUUUACUUGUGAGUCUCCUCUCAUCACACGACUUUAUUCGACAAAGACGUUUGUUAUGGAAGGGCAGGGUGUGACCUUGAAGUGUAAAGCAAUCGGGGAUCCGGACCCCUCUAUUCUCUGGAGCUCGCCGGAGGGGAAGCUGGUUUCCAACACGUCCAGGAUGACAAUCUAUGACAACGGAACCUUGGAUAUCCUGAUCACGACUCUCAAAGACAGCGGCAUGUUCACCUGCAUCGCUUCCAAUGCCGCUGGAGAAUCGACCACCAACAUCACCAUCGGGAUUAUCCCACUGCCCCAUCUCGUCAACUUUACAAACCAAGUGAAGGAGCCUGCCCCGGGCUCCUCCGACAUCACCACGUCCACCAAAUCCGGCUCGCCUUCCAACGGCACUGACACCAAGAGUUUGCAGGAUAAGAAAGUUGUGGCGACUGAACUGAGCACGACAUCAGCCCUCAUUCGCUGGCCCUCCCAACGCCCGAUCCCCGGGAUCCGCAUGUACCAAAUUCAGUAUAACAGCUCCACCGAUGAUACGUUGGUCUACAGGUAA